AUGUCUGUUCUUCCACAUCUACCUUCGGAUGCAGUCCAGCAAUCGACUUUGCUCGUUCUUCGAGCCACAAGCCUUAUCCACACGAGUGUCGACUCUGCGGAGCAGCAGCGUCGGCAAGAAGAUCUGAUGCGGCUCGUUGGAACGUCUGAUGCAUGGGGACUCGUGAUCCCAUUCCUUGGGCACGACGACGUCAAUGUUCAGUUCUACGGAGCCCAUAUCCUUGGUGUCAAAGUAGUCCGAGAGUGGAACUCAUUAGGCGAAGAUAUCCAGCUACCACUGAGAGACACGGUCCUACAGCUCACUGCGACUGCGAUCGCACUUCAACGACCAAAGAUGGUUUUAAGAAAACUCUACAUUGCGGUCGUAAAGAUUACAUCAAUGGCCCUCAAGCUCAAUACAACGUCUCCUCCCAAGUGGCCAGAUUUUCUUAAUUACUCUUUGUCCUCUUUGCAAUCGCAAGGAGCAAACCGGGAGACAUUACUCGAGUUCAUGACUAUUGCCGUAGAGGAAGUCUCAAGAGCAUCCAAGGUUGCGAGUGUUCAAAUUACAGAAUCACUUAAUGCGGCUAUUCCGGCCUUCAUGGAGACUUUCUCGACUACUGUUCUGGGUCCAUCAGUCCCAGAAAGCGAGAGGAUAGGUGCUCUCAAGUGUCUCCAGGCCUGGGUAGGAUGGGGAAUGACCGGAAAUGAUCUUACAUCCGUCGUUCCGACAUUACUCUCUGUCCUCUCAUCCCCUUCACUGUUCAUUACCGUAUCAGAUGUCUUGCAGGAUAUCCUCACCGCAUCUGCCUUGGCCGAAGGCGCUGGCGUAAAGACUCUCACAGAGCCACUAUUGGAUUGGAUAUCUACGACUGGAAGGACAAUAGCUGACGCUGCUGUUACCGAAGGAUCACCCAACGCAAUAUCUACCUCGUUUUGCAAGCUCAUAUGUGCGCUCGGCGACCAUUCCAAUGGAUAUAUUGCCACCAAGCUAUACAGAGCCAGCCUUCAAGGACAGUCCGACUCUCCCGCUUUGGAACCGCGGGUACAAGAGUUUCUUCGUCUUAUGCUCUUGUACACUGGAUUCCCAGGAUACUAUGGCGUAGACGAAGAAGACUCGGAAUUGACACUCGGCUUUUGGUAUCUCCUGCAAGAAAGUUUAUGGGAGGUCGGAGAAGGCGGCGAAGAGGAUUGGGUGGAUCUUAUCAACUCUGAAACAGAAAAGGCCAUUCAAAACGCGAUUGACACCGUGAAUGCCAAUGUCCUGGAUCCUGAAGGACCGAUGCGGUCGCCGAUUCAAUACGAGAGCGAGAUUCCAAAGGCGUCGGAUAAACAAGAUGGAAUGGGCCUGGCAAGAGUGCUGUUUGCCGAAGUUGUGACGACCCUCAGGAGAAAGAUCACUUGGCCUUCUGCCGCUCAAAUACACGCCAGCGGUGGCUGGGAUGCAGAACAACGCGAGAUGUUUGGCAUCUAUCGUCGGAAUGUUGGAGACACGCUCAUCAACGCGUGUUAUGUCCUCCGGGACAAGUUCCUGGAGAACCUAUUGAAUGACAUGAAGGAUCAAUUGGCCCAGACAUCUCGCGACGUUACCAGUUGGGAGAAUGUCGAGGCUACGCUCUUCUGCAUCAAGGCAGUACACGACGCUUUGACGACCAGCAACCUCGAACCGCUCGAGUUUCUCUUCUCGGAGUCGACUAUGAACGCGUUGCCUCAAGUCGGGGCCCAUCGCGUGCGCUGGACAAUGCUUACUCUGAUUGGUGAAUAUGCGUCCUAUUUCACCACAGUCUCAUCCACUCCGUCGUUGUUACGGGCAGUCAAUUACACAGUUACCGCACUACCGGAGCCUUCGCUAUCUCUUCAAGCCUCUAUGUCACUCAAAGAUCUUUGUGAUGCCAAUAGGGCAAUAUUAGCACCUCAUAUCAACUCUUUCGCUGACCUUCACCGGAAUGUGGAACUUCUUGGACCCGAGGAGAAAAGCAAAGUCAUCGAAAGUAUCUCAAGCGUCAUCUCUGCACUUCGACCAGAAGAGCAAGUGGAGCCUAUUAUUGCCAUCGUCCAGCCUCUGUUGCAGACAUUGGCCACAGCGUUGAACACAGGACUAGCACUAGAAGAGUCACAGCCGAGAUGUAUAGCUCAAUUGCGGAGCCUUACUGGAUGCGCGCGUGGACUGACACCGAUCUCUGAUCCGCUGACAGAAGGAACCUUUGUUCCGGAUGCGGAUGCGAUUGCUAAAACGAGACAAGAUGAGCGAAUCUUCAAGCUGAGGGAGCAAAUUACACUGGCAAUCGAAUCCGUCGUGAACCUAUGGGGUUCCGAUGCGGAGAUUACUUCGGUACUAAGUGAUCUCAUAAAAGGUAUUACUGCAACGCAAGCGGAAGAAAGUAUACUCUCGUUAUCUCCUCAGCCGUUGCUCCAGAUAAUAGCAAAGGCCAAUCAACGACAAGUCACUUCAACGUGGCUUACGCUUGCAACUAUUCUCACCGGCCAACUCUAUCCAGGAAAGAGCCUCGAGAAUCUCAAUCCCAAGCCGACAAGAGAUGCGAUCCAAUUUGUUGAGCAGCUUGCUCCUGAGAUUAUGGCACCGUGUUUGCUUUUGAUGACGAACACAGAGUAUCUAGAAUCUAAUCCGGAUGUAGUCCAAGAAUUCUUCCGGUUCGCGGAAGUUGUUGCGUUGGACUUCUCAACGUCGAUAUACCGGUUGCCGCAAGAUCUCUUAUCUUCUUUGUUACAACAGGCGACCGUAUCUCUUGGAUUGCAGGAGCGGUAUUCAUUGGCAGCGAGCUGCAGAUUCUUCGUGACGCUACUACGCAAAACUCUCACAACGAGCGAACUUGCGCGUGAAGCAGAUGCUCUCAUGAGCCUCCACGGGAAGCAAAUCGUCGCGGCGAUAGUGUACGGUGUGGCUGGUCUCGCCCCCCGUUCGGUCACAGCAAAUCUCAACGAGAUAUUAUUCUGUAUCACGUCAACUCGGCUCGAACAAGCCCGCGCAUUUCUCUCGGAGAUUCUGUUCUCCCCGGAUUUCACCGCCAAAUAUCCAAUGGCGACACAAAAGGCAAAAGAAACGUUUAUGACCUCGCUACUUGCGGCGAGAAACGCUCACAAAGGACGACAUGCGGUCACGCAGUUCCAGACGAUCACUCGCGGAUUGGAAGGAACAACCUAUGGCUAUGUCACCAUAUAA